AUGGCGCUGCCGACCGCCACCGAGCAUCACGGAUCGAGUUUGAAUCAUGUCUUCUUCGCCUCGACUGUCAAUGAGUCCGGUCAGGCGGCCAGCAACGAAGUGACUGCAGUGGGGAGUACCGUCGACACAGUACACGAGUCGACGAAUACAUCGCGCUCAGCAUCGCCCAGCAUAGGCAACAGCGACGACCUCUCCACAUCCUCAGGUUCCUCCGGCUCCAGCUCCGCCCUCAACCCCCUAGCCUCCAGCUUCUCCCCAAAGACGAAGAAGGCGAGUCUCUACCUACCCCCGACCGCCUCAAGACAAUACGAGCUCCGCCCCAUCGAAGGCAAAGGUCUAGGCCUCUUCGCCACCAGUUUCAUCCCCCGUGGCACCCGCAUUAUCUGUGAAGCUCCUCUACUGCAUAUCCCGGAGAACGCGCUACAUCUCGCCUGGGGCCCGUAUUGUCGGCUUUUGAAUCCGCAGAAGCAGGCUUUUGACGCGCUGCAUUGUUUCAAACCGGAGAACUUGAAUCCGGAGCAUGUUAGUCGUGCGUACCUCAUCGAUGCUAACGAUAAAGCUCUCGAUGAGGAGGAUAUCGAGGAGCUCAUCCAGGACCAGGCGAGGGUGAUGGGCAUUUUCGCCUGUAAUAAUUUCCAGAGUGGGAAAGGUUUGGCUCUUUACGAAACGACGUCACGGCUUAAUCAUUCUUGUGUGCCUAAUGUACAUCAUUCGUGGGAUCCGAUGGGGAAGAGGAUUACGGUCUAUGCUGUUCGUGAUAUUCAGCAGGAUGAGGAGUUGUGUACUACCUACCUCGGUGGGCCAGGCGUCUAUUACGUCCGCGCUCAACGGAUCGAACUUCUUCGCAGCAGCUACGGCUUUACAUGUACCUGUCCCGCCUGCACGGACGUCACUGGGACUUCCGAAAACCGUCGCCAGGUCAUGGCUCAGAUCGCCUACGGUCUCCAAGUCUACCAAUACGGCGGCCAAGGCCACGAAAGCAUUCCCUUCGUCCCCAUUAACCCAGCCAUGGCCCUCCGCCAAUCCGAAGACCUCAUCUCCAUGCUUCUUGACGAAGGGAUCGCCUCCCUGGAACUGUGCAAAGCGUACCGCAUGGCGUCGACCGUUGCCCUCGCGGCUAAGAACUGGGAGAAGGCGCGCGGGUACGCGCUUGAUGAGCAGGACGUCGAGGCGGUUUGUCUGGGGACGGAGGUCCCGGAUCUGGUGGCUUGUGGGGCUGCGGCGGCGUGUUGGGGGGAGGAGGUUAGGGCGUGUCUUGUUAAGGCUGGGGUAUUUGAGGUGGGGCAGAAGUUGAGGAGGCGGAAGGGGAAGGGUGGACGGGGCGGGAAGGGGCGUGGAGGCAAUGGUGGUGGCGGGAAUGCUCGGCUAGAGCCUGCUGCUGCUGCUGGGGGUUCUGGUGGCGUUACGGGGGUGAGUUCUUAUCGCAAUCAGAAGAAGCGGGACAGGAAUUCUAGAGUCAAGGCUGAGAAGAUUCGGGUUGAGCAGGAGAGGGAGGCGAAGGUCGCGGAGAAGCAGGCGAAGUUCGAGGCGGAGGAGGCUGGUAGGCGGGAGAAGGAGCAGAAGGCGGAGUAUGAGAGUUCCUAUCCUGCUCUUGGUUGA